UCCUUCAGUCUAACACAAGGAAGUUGGAAAAUUCAUCUGGGUAUCUAAGCGAGCAUUUGAGGACAAUGGCUGCAGCAUCAGAGAGAGUAACUGCGAAAACUCCGAGCGUUAAAAAGGUGUCCAAACCACUGAUGGAGAAGAAAAGAAGAGCACGUAUCAAUAAAUGUUUGAAUCAAUUGAAAAGUCUCCUGGAGAGUGUCUGUUCGAACAAUAUCCGCAAGCGAAAACUGGAAAAGGCUGAUAUUUUGGAGCUGACGGUAAAACAUCUGAUGCAUCUGCAAAACACCAAAAGAGGAAUGCCCACAGUUUGUGACUCUGCUGAAUAUCACGCUGGCUACAGAAGUUGUCUGGCCACUGUCAGUCAUUAUCUCGCAUCGGACGCUGACAGAGAUUCCCGCUCCACCAUGCUGACACAUCUUAGGAGCGGUUCUAACCUAGUUCCUGAUUUCAGUACCGCGGAGAGCGACACUGCCCGGAUCCCUGCCUCAACAUGUACUCUUCGUCAUUCAAACAAAGCUCCGCUUCAAACAGACGCUCCAUAUCCAAACUUGCAGCAAACUUCAGACAGAUAUUUCUUCUAUAUGCCGAAGAGGACUGAGAUUUGUGAUACGGACAAAAUAUCAUUUAACACACAGGCUGGAACAAGUGAAUCCAAGAAGCUCAAAACUACACACAUCAGUCUUAAAAAUACAAAGGCUGACGAGUGCUGCAAUUUUUCUGAAGCCUUGAAACAGAAUUAUUGGCGGCCUUGGUAAAUCUGAAGAAUUUCAAAUGUCACUGUUUUAACACUUAGACUUUUUGAAGUAGCUCUAAUUUUGCUUCUCAUGCACUGUAUAUGUAGAUCCUAUUUUGUAAUAAAUGAUGACAAAUGUUUAUUUUAAUAAUAAAAGAUUACAAUGUUGGAUUGAAUUUGCUUGUUGCGUAACAGGACACAUGUGUAUGACUAAAUGUAGACGCCAGUUGCUGCGGAGAUCGAAUUUAAUGUCUGUUAUUUUGUAAUAGAAUUAAAUAUUUAGAAUGCACCGGAUGGUAAUGUUAUACAAUCAUUCUAUAUGAAAAGUAAACUUUUUAAGACACGCUUACCCUCAUAUGUAUGCUGUUCAAAAUGUGAAUGCUGAAUGUUGGCCACCAUACUUUCCAAAAUCCAACACAUCGAUCUCAUUGAAAAAAAG